CUCGCUUUUCUUGAUCUCUCUUGAAACCCGUUUGCUUGCCCUCGUUCUCCCAAAGUUUCCAGCGUCGGAAAGGCGGAAGCUUGCGAAGGAAUCGGGCACAAACCUAUCGUUCCCAGCUGCAGAUAAAAGAAUUUCACAAUAAGCAUGCCCUUAAAGCCAAAAUGGUGUACUUUUGCGAACAUGUGUGUGAGACUGAAAAUGAGCCACAUGAGGAGGGCUCCAUUGGCUAAAAAGCAACUAAAGUCUUGGAAUGUUUAAUUAUCAAACCAAUAAGGUUUAAUUUUCAAGGGUAUAAAUGAAACUUAAGAGGGCAAUGGGUAUUCACAUUUUUUGGAAAUUGUUUUGGGCUUAUUUUUAGAGUGGGUCUUUUGUUUCAAAAUUAUCAUCAAGGGCAGAGUUUCCUCCUUGGAAGUCAAAACAAGUUGUCCAUCCUCACGAAGAUACACAUUUUGGCCAUGUCAGAAACUUUCUUAUCUUCUGUGUGUUGAUUUUAUCUUUUGAAGCCUAAACCGUGUGAGAAGUUGGCACUUUUGAUCAUUUCAAGUAAUUUCUAGGGGCAAAAAUCUUUUAAGAUUAUCAUCCUCAGGUAGAAAUCAUUUUUUCAAACUUUAUUUGCUUUCCACUGAUGUUUCCCCUAUCAAUUCCUUUGAAAGGUGAGCAGAAUGAAAUCAAAGAGGAAUCUUGAUAAUUUUGUAGUUGGAACUGUGCCAACUGUCAUUUAUGUUCCAGACUUUGUCACUGAUAGUGAAGAAACGCAGCUGCUAGAUAAAGUAUACAACUCUCCAGCAUCAAAGUGGAAAUCUUUGAAGAACAGGAGGCUGCAGAAUUGGGGUGGCAUCGUCCAUGAAAAAGGUCUUCUUCCCCAAGAAUUGCCUCCGUGGUUGAAGAAGGUUACUGAAAAAGUAUCUGAAGAAUCAGGGUUGUUUCCUUCAACAAUAAAUCAUGUCCUCAUUAAUGAAUACCUUACGGACCAAGGCAUAAUGCCACACCAAGAUGGGCCUGCUUAUUAUCCAGUUGUAGCAAUCUUGUCUCUUGGAUCAGCUGCGGUAAUGGACUUUGUUCCUCAUCCUAGUUUGAGGAUGUCCCCUGAUACAUCUGGCGGUGGUUGUGAGGAUAACGAGCUUAAUGGGGCUUCUGACUCGGGAUCUAACAAAUGGUUGAAUAACCAUCGUCCCUUUUCUGUUGUGUUGAUGCCUCGCAGUUUGUUGAUAUUUAAGGAUGAUGCAUACUCCAGUUAUCUACAUGGCAUAAGAGAUAGUUCGAUACAUCAGUAUGACGGGGCCGUGAAUGAAUGCGAAGCUGUCGGGCCUCAGCCGCCAUCAGUUUCGGAAGAAGGAGAUGAAGCUGUGAGCAGUGGCAAUGGCAAAUGUAUUCAUAGGACCGGCACUAGAAUAUCAUUGACAUGUCGACUAGUGUUGAAAGUUCACCAUAAGCUAUUCAAGUUUUAGAUAUCCUCGCUCCACAUGAACUCUCUCUCCCUCUCUCCAAACUUAGAAGUAUGGUUUUUCAUAGCUCAGAAGCCUCUGUUUAAAUGAAAAUUUUGACAUUGUAGCGACGGUCAUCGACAAACAGAGAGAAAAAGUUCUUGAAUCACGGAUGUGUUUACGGUGCAGUGGCCUUCUGGUCGGAUGAGCUUCUGCAUCUAUGGAAGGAAUUCUAACUAUGCAUAUAUUGGGCCUUUCAAA